AAAAAAAUCACAUGAGCUCCUCUGAUCUUGGCAGUCAACAGUUCAACACCAUCCAGCCAUCCACCUUCCCCCUGAGUGUAGCGUGCGCGGCCAUGGCGGGCGGAGACGCCGAGGAGGAGGAGGAGGAGGAGGAGGAGACCUACACGACGGACGACGCGCUCACGCGCGCCGGCUUCGGCAGGUUCCAGGCCCUGGUGCUCGCCUACGCCUGCGUGGGGUGGGUCGCGGAGGCCAUGGAGGUGAUGCUGCUGUCGUUCGUGGGCCCGUCCGUGAAGGCUGAAUGGGGGGUGUCCGGCGCGGCGGAGGGGCUCGUCAGCAGCGUCGUCUUCGCCGGGAUGCUCAUCGGCGCCUGCCUCGGAGGCCUCAUCUCGGACAGAUACGGCAGAAGGAUCGGUUUUCUUUCCACGGCAGUUGUCACUGGUAUAUUUGGUUUGCUCAGUGCCUUCUCCCCCAACUACGCAUCCUUGCUCGUCCUCCGCUUUGUUGUUGGUUUGGGAUUGGGUGCUGGCCAUGUGCUGUCCACUUGGUUCAUAGAGUUUGUUCCUGCUGCAAAGAGAGGUACCUGGAUGGUCGUUUUCCAUUGCUCUUGGACUGUGGGAACAAUCUUGGAAGCUCUGCUUGCCUGGGCUGUCAUGCCAGUACUUGGGUGGAGGUGGCUGCUUGCAUUGUCUUCGGCCCCAUGUUUUAUCCUGUUCAUUUUCUUCCCCGUAACACCUGAAUCACCAAGGUAUCUAUGCUCAGUAGGAAGAACAAUGGACGCUAGGGUCAUCUUGGAAAAAAUAGCAAGAAUGAACAAUAGCUCUCUCCCUCCUGGCAUACUGACUUAUGCCUCCACAAGGAGAAUCGACAAAGUGCUCGAUGAUUCUGAGACAGCACUUCUAAUUACAGAAGAUGGUGGUUCUGGAAUUGAUGAGCAUACAAGUUCCAAGCCUGGUGGAAUUACUGCACUUCGAGAAUCUUGGUCAUAUGAUCUAAUAAGAUCAACCUUUCUUCUUUGGUUUGUCUAUCUUGCAAAUUAUUUUGCUUACUAUGGGGUAAUAUUGUUGACCUCUGAACUGAGCAAUGGUCAGAGAAGGUGUGCAUCAGUUGGGAUAAAUUUUAUGCAACCAAAGGAUGCCAACCUUUACAGAGAUGUGCUAGUGACCAGUUUGGCAGAAUUUCCAGGUCUGGUUUUGGCGGCUCUAUUGGUUGACAGAAUUGGUCGGAAAGUGUCACUGGGGAUCAUGCUUUUGUUGUCCUGUGCUUUCCUUGCACCACUUGCUGUACAUUUGGGACAAGGUUCAGUAACUACUCUUCUAUUCUGUGCCCGGACUUGCAUCAUGGGAGGCUUUGCUGUUCUAUACGUGUAUACCCCUGAGAUCUAUCCUGCAUCAUCUCGCAACACGGGGGUAGGAAUCACAUCUUCCUUUGGCCGGAUUGGCAGUAUAGUUUCACCUGUGGUGACUGUUAGUUUGUCAGAGAACUGCCGCCAGAAAGAAGCAGUGUUUUUCAUGGACCUGAUGCUCUUUCUAGCAGCAGUGGCAUGCGCCCUCAUCCCUCUAGAGACCAAGGGCCGGCAAAUCCAGUGAGGCAGUGAUGCUUUCUUCAGUUUGAUGUACAGAAUCACAUUACAUUUUGGUCAAUUGGAGACUAGGGCAUUCUUUCUUAUCCAGCACAUAUUUACACCUGCCAAAAUUCACUGACAUUUUGGAUUCAACAAAGAUGUGUUCACCUUUCAUGUGCAAUUGCAGUGUUGCAACAACUGAAAUGCACCAGCUAGCUCUCAAUUCCAUACAAGGGUGAAGACUGAAAAAGGUAGCAGCAACAACUGUAUUAAAUUUUGAAACUCAUGAAAGGGUUGGAUUAAAUUUUGGAUUAAAGUGGCAUGCUUUUCAAACUGUUAAA